AUGGUGAAGCCGGUCAUCCUGAAGAGCGUCGUGAAGAAGCGCACGAAGAAGUUCACGCGCCACAAGUGCGAGGCCUUCCCGCAGCUGAGCAGCAGCUGGCGCAAGCCCCGGGGUGAGGACUCGCCGGUGCGCCGCCGCUACAAGGGACAGAAGGCCAUGCCCAACAAGGGCUACGGUAGCGACCGCAAGACGAAGUACAUCACGCCAUCGGGAUUCAAGAACUUCCCCAUUAACAACGUGAAGGACCUCUACAUGCUGCUCAUGCAGAACCGCAAGUACGCAGGCGUCAUCUCCCACACCGUGGGUGCCAAGUCGCGCAAGGCUAUUGUGCGCAAGGCUCAUGAACUGGAUGUACGUCUCAUCAACGGAAACGCCAAGCUCCGUCGCGUUGAGAACCACUGA